AAACUGCUUAGACAAUCUAAUGGAUGAAGAUGAGAAAGACAGGGCAAAAAGGGCUUCACGUAACAAGUCUGAGAAGAAGAGGCGCGACCAGUUCAAUGUUCUCAUCAAGGAGCUCAGCUCCAUGCUUCCGGGCAACACCCGCAAAAUGGACAAAACUACUGUGCUGGAAAAAGUCAUUGGCUUCCUGCAGAAACACAAUGAAGUCUCGGCACAGACAGAGAUUUCGGAAAUUCAGCAGGACUGGAAGCCUUCGUUCCUCAGCAAUGAAGAAUUCACCCAGCUGAUGUUGGAGGCAUUAGAUGGCUUCAUUAUAGCAGUAACCACAGGUGGAAGCAUCAUCUACGUGUCCGACAGCAUYACCCCUCUUCUAGGGCAUUUACCGUGCGAUGUCUUGGAUCAGAAUUUGUUAAAUUUCCUUCCGGAACAAGAACAUUCCGAAAUUUAUAAGAUGUUGUCUUCUUGUAUGCUUAUGACAGAUUCUGCCUCAUCGGAUUACYUAAAAACUGACAAUGAACUAGAGUUUUAUUGUCAUCUUCUGAGAGGAAGUUUGAACCCAAAGGAAUUUCCAACAUAUGAAUACAUAAAAUUUGUAGGAAAUUUUCGGUCUUACAGCAAUGUGCCUAACUCCACUUGCAAUGGCUUUGAUGAUGCUGCUCCAAGGGCUUACAGAACAUCACCAGGAAAGCAGAUCUGCUUCGUUGCUACCGUGCGUUUGGCAACACCUCAGUUUUUGAAGGAGAUGUGCAUAGUUGAAGAACCCUUAGAGGAAUUCACUUCAAGGCACAGUCUGGAGUGGAAAUUUUUGUUCCUGGAUCACAGAGCRCCGCCGAUUAUCGGGUACUUGCCUUUCGAAGUGCUGGGGACGUCCGGCUACGACUACUACCAUAUAGACGACCUAGAGCUGCUAGCAAGGUGCCAUGAACACUUGAUGCAGUUUGGCAAGGGGAAGUCUUGCUGCUACCGGUUUUUGACCAAAGGACAGCAGUGGAUCUGGCUGCAGACCCAUUACUACAUCACGUACCACCAGUGGAACUCCAAACCGGAGUUCAUUGUGUGCACACACAUGGUAGUAAGUUAUGCAGAUGUUCGGGUGGAGAGGAGACAAGAGAUGGGCUUGGAAGAAGUGUCCUCAGAGGUUGUGUCCUCAGCACUAAAGGAGAGUGGCUCCAGCUUGGAUCCUGAACAGCACUUUAAUGCACUCGAUAUUGGUGCCUCGAUCCUUAGUGCUAGUCGGACACCCUCAGUGUCGUCCAGGAGCUCACCAAAAUCCUCCCACACACCAAAAUCAGACCCUGCAUCUACACCGACAAAGCUGAUUGCAGAGCCCAGCACUCCCUUGCAAAGGACUCCUGGCUCACAGCAGGAUUUGCCCGUGCACAGACUCAGUCAGCCUACUGCUCUGCAGGCUUCUUUGCCUUCUCAGCCUUCGUGUGAGCUUCUCCCACAGCAGUUGCUGCCCCAAGCAACUUUGCCAAAUCAACCUGCACCUCUGGCACAGUUCUCAGCACAGUUCAGCAUGUUCCAGAGCAUCAAGGACCAGCUCGAACAACGGACCCGGAUCCUGCAAGCCAACAUUCGGUGGCAACAGGAGGAGCUCCAGAAAAUACAGCAGCAGCUCUGCUUGGUCCAGGACUCCAGUGUACAGAUGUUCCUACAGCAGCCAACAGUGUCCCUGAGCUUUAGCAAUAUUCCGCAGUCGGAGCCACAGCAGCAGCUACCGCAGAGGCCAGGGGUCAUCUCCCAGCAGCAGCUUGUUCCCAGUCCUCAGCUCCAAGGGCAAAUGGCACCUUCACAAACGGAGAACCAGCAAGCACUGAGAGAAGCCAGUAUGAUACCGAGCCAGCCCCCCGCCGCCGCCGCCGCCGCCGCCGCCCGCGGCCACGACCAGCAGCUCAGACUGUUGCUCAGCCAGCCUAUCCAGCCCAUGAUGCCCGGGUCCUGCGGCGCGAGGCGCGCGGCAGAGCUCAGCGGCGCUGGAUCCCAGGCUAAAUACCCUCAACCGCAGCCGACCUUCCAGAGCGCGGAGGUGCCGGCCUCCAGCGGCAGCGCCCCGGUCGUGCUCAUGGGACACACGGUGCUGAGCGCCGGCUUCGCCGCCAGCGCUGCCUCCCUGCCCCCUAUGCAAGCGGCGCCGCGCCAGCGCCCGCAGCAGCAGCACUACCUGCAGGUGCAAGCAGCAAGUUCUUUGCACAGCGAGGAGGCCGAUUCUUUGCUCCUGCCAUCCUACUCGCCCCAGCAAGGGAAUAUGGGCUAUCACCAGGCACAGCAGCAGCAGCAGCUCACGCCAAGAAGAAGCAAUAGCUUAUCGUCAGAAGCAUCAAAUUUACCGCAGCCGCUGCGAUAGAGUCCCACCAGCACAACCAAUGCACCAUUAGCUUUAACCAAGGGGCGCCCGGGGCACAGGAGAGCCGCUCUGUACUUAGUGUUCUGGCUUUUGCACAGGCAUUUUUGUCCCCGAGCUCCACGACAGAAGUAGGCCACGGAGCGCGCACUGCUCAUUCAGGGCACGCGGGAUCCGGCUCGCGCCGUCUCGGGAGCACAGGAUGUUCCCAAGCAAAAUGAGAGAAAGAAAACGCUGUCCUGUGCGAACCCCGUCAGCGCUGGGUGCCCCGGGCAGGCAGGUGGGUCUCCACGCGUCACCCUGAGCCGCCUGUUGCGGCAGCCUGUGCGCAGGCACACGCGGUACUUGGCCUUCACCGUCUCGGUUCUUGUUGUGUGUGUGAAAAGCACUGCGUCAAAAGGUCUAUGGAGGAGAGAACAAAAGAUUAUUUUUAUUAUGAUUAUUAUAUGUCGUUAUUUUGCACAACUGCACAGAGGACAAAACCUAGGCACUUUCUGUAAAGAGAGGUUUCCUUCUUCUUGUGGCCAAAUCAGCACAUGCAGCGGAGAAGAAAGCCCAGUCAUUGGUGACGAUGCUCAUAACCCUUCAUUUAGAAUCCAGACAGUAUUACGCAGCUUACCCUACCUGACCAUCACGUGUCUAAGAGCAAAACAACAACGAAAAAGAAACACUGGACAGUUUCCCRUGUGAAUUCCAGUUGCAAAGGAGAACUCGGCUUACAAGCACAAUCACGCAGCUCUCCAGGAACCCCACACGGAGCSUUCUCCAACCGGAGGAACUCGCCCACCACUGGCCGCGGGGGAAUAUGCACUGUGUUCUGGCCCACUGACUCGGGAUGCUGCAGACUAUGACAUAUCUCUUUCAUUGUAACAUUUAGGAUUGAUUUUUCCUUUAGGGGGGGAAGAAAAAAAAAAAGAAAUGCACUUUUCGCUUUUUUUGUAUGUUCUCUGUUGAUAUGUUUCUAAGAAAGAUUUUAUGUAAUUAUUAAAGAAAAAGUAGUGUAUUGUACAGCUGUUGUAAUAAUGACCUAUUUCUAUAUAAAAUAAAAUUAUAUGGAAUUAUGUGGAAAAUAUUUUGUAUAUGAAAUAUCAACUCAUUUCACAAGUAUAAAGGUUGUGCUUGUGUUUUUUUGUGAGUGGAUAUUUUGUAAUAAACUAAUGAACUAGAGAUGUUUUUGUGGAGGAAACUACUGUUUCAUGCUAUAUACAAUUCAAAUUAUUAUUAUUAUUUUUUCCAUUUGAUGAUGGACAGUUGUCUUUAUUUGUAGAAUAAAAUAAAAUAGCCACAAGGCUUUCCUGGA